AUGCUCGAGGUGAAGGAGAAGCACUGGAUACCACCAGCCAGCGUUGAUACAUGGGCUCACCUUUCAAACCCCGCCCCCGCGCAAUCCCACGUGGCUGUUUUCCCGUUUCCGGCCGUUCGCCGUGGCGUGAUAUUCGAGAGCGGCCCGCACCGUAGGUAUGCUUUCGUUACCCCAAUCGAAAGUGGCCUGAUGCUGCGUGGGACGGUUCUCUGGUCCUCUCUUUCGCUUAUCCGCCCCUUCACCUCUCUCGGUAUAAGCCACAUGAGCAAUGGGAACAGCACAGCAGAAGCCUGCUUUGAGAUGUCUGGGGUGAGAUACACCGAGCUUGAGUUAUACCAGGACUCCGCGUGUGCCAUGAUUUCCCAUCGAAUCAUCUGGCAUAAGAAGUCGGAGAACAGCACACCAUAG